UCGAGCCCAUGUAACUAGGGUUUGUGGAGGGUAUAAAGACUGCGUCGCCUUGCAAAUCCAUCCCCGCCGCCGCUCUUCUUCCUCCGCUCUUCGUGUUAGGGUUAGGGUCGUUCGCUCCCGAAGAUCAAAGAUGGCGGUGCCGCUUCUGACGAGGAAGAUCGUGAAGAAGAGGGUCAAGCAUUUCAAGAGGGCCCAUAGCGACCGCUACAUUGGCCUCAAGCAAAGCUGGCGCAGGCCAAAGGGUAUCGAUUCCCGUGUCAGGAGAAAGUUCAAGGGAUGCACCUUGAUGCCCAACAUUGGCUACGGUUCUGACAAGAAGACGAGGCAUUACCUUCCCAACAAGUUCAAGAAGUUUGUUGUCCACAAUGUCUCUGAGCUGGAGCUGCUUAUGAUGCACAACAGGACCUACUGUGCGGAGAUCGCCCACAACGUCUCCACCAAGAAGCGCAAGGACAUUGUUGAGCGUGCUGCUCAGCUCGACAUCGUGGUUACGAACAAGCUUGCCAGGCUCCGCAGCCAGGAGGACGAGUAGACUGUCUGUCAGAAGUAUGUUUUGGUCUGGUUCGUAUGUAGGAAAGUAUUCCGCUGUUCGUUUUGUGACUGUCAGGGGUAUCUGUUAUUCCAACCUUUUUGCUACCAGUGCCGACUGUAAUGUGUCAAAGAUCUACUAUUGCCUUUAUAAUCUAGAUCCGAUUGCCAAUUGCUGAAAA